AUGGCGGAGCCCCAAGUUGACAAGACUUGGAUGUGGCAUCCCCACUUCUCCGAAGAACGCAAGGAUACCGCCGGUCUACUUGUUCACUUUAGAAGGGAGUUUACAGUCGAGGGCGAGCCACCUACGUCACUACCAAUCGAAAUCACUGCAGAUACUCGAUACAAGCUUUACGUUAAUCAUCAACUUGUCUCAUUUGGUCCUGUCAAGGGUGAUUCUAGCCUUUGGUUCUACGAUGAGAUUGAUAUCGGCCCUUGGCUGAAGCAAGGCCACAAUCAGAUCGCCGUCAUUGUCCUGCGAUACUUCUAUUCAACUCAAUACGCCACGUCAUUUCCCCGAUUGCCUUCUGGUGGAUUGAGAGUGUUCUUGCCCGGACCACCUGGUCUUUGGCAUGAACUCGUUCAGAGCAGUCCUUCUUGGGAGACAGCUAUAGACCCCUCGACGACAUUCAGAGUAGAUGAACCCGAAGACGAUUUCUUACACAUCUACGAAAAUGUCUGCAAUGCUGACGACAAAUCCUGGGAGUGGGUUCCAGCCAAGCUUCUCUCAUAUCAAAUUUCGACUGGCAACUCAUCUCCAUGGAACCUCUCCCCACGCCUUAUCCCGCGAAUGAGAUGUAAGGAAGCUAUCUUCAGCUCAGUUCAUAAUUUGCGAAGCUGCAUCCCUCAGAUAGUCUGGGAGACUCAAUUACUUGGGAUUCCAGCAUCACUGGAAGGUCGUCAAGGCCUCCGUCUUCCUCCCGGAACCAACCACCACAUUGACCUCGAAGUGCCAGAACACUUGACGGGCUUUCUCUCUUUCCGGUUCAAGCGUCCUGAAUCCCCCGGUAGCACUCUCAGGGUGACUUAUGCUGAGAGUUACGAAGACACUCCUAAGCUGAUUCCCUACCUGCGACAGAAGGGGAGUCGCUGUGACUACAGCAAGGCCCUGACAGGUCCUCAGGAUAUCUACCAUUUUGAGGGUAUGAAGCUUGUACCAACAGCUGGUCAUUACAACAAAGAGAACGCAGAUGAGAGUUUUGCACCUUUUCACUUCCGCACUUUCCGGUUUCUCCGUAUCAAUAUCGAAGUUGGAGAAUCGGAAUUGAUCCUGGAGGACUUUGCGAUUACAGCAGCAAAUUAUCCUCUAGAUAUUCAGGCCAGAUUCAAGGUCUCCGGCGGUCCCGAUAACACGCCACAUGAAUUGUGGGAGACAAGCAUACGGACGCUUGUCAAUUGUAUGCAUGACUGCUACGAAGACUGCCCGUUCUACGAGCAGCUCCAAUAUGCAAUGGACACACGAAGCUCGGCUUUGUUUACGUACUAUGUCUCUGGUGACGACCGUCUGGCUCGUCAGGCCAUGAUCCAAAUUCAUAAUUCAUUCCAGGCUCGGCUAGGCCUUACCGGCAGCCGUGCGCCCUCGCAUCGUCCCCAAAUCAUUCCGCACUUCUCACUCUUCUGGGUCAACAUGUUGAACGACCACCUCGCAUUCUUUGGCGAUCGGAUAUUCUUGGCUCCGUUUAUUCCAGCUGUUGAUGCGGUUUUGAACUAUUUCCAUUCUCGUCUGGAUCCCAAAUAUAGGCUCGUCCUUUCCGAAUCGCGAGCGGGUAUCUGGAAUUAUGUCGACUGGGCUGACCAGUGGAGGCCGUUUGGUAUUCCUCCAGCGGCAGAGAGAUCAGGGAUAUCCACCUACACCAACCAUUUAUAUGCCUACACUCUGAAGAAUGCAGCUGCUCUAUUAGUUGCGAUGGGAAGAUCAAGCCUGGCCGAGGAGUACAUCUGCAGAGCUGGUGACGUUGUCCAGGCCCUCCAGUCCUAUUGCUUUGAUGGCAAGUUCUUCACGGAUAGCCUGGCCUCCGGUGCUGACAAAAGCGCCGACUACAGCCAACACAACCAAGUGUGGGCUGUACUAAGCGGAGCAGUAACAUCAGAAGCUGGUCAGGAGCUAUUGCGUCGGAGUCUUAACACAGAGGCAAAGAAUGCAUUCAUACCCGCAUCCAUUUCCAUGUCCUUCUAUACUCUACGUGCCCUCAGCAAAGUCGGUGGGGAUGUCUACGACGAGCACUUCCACCAGUUCUGGGAUCCAUGGAGGGUUCAGAUCUCGCUGGGUCUAACGACAUGGGAGGAGGACAGUGUUUCCCAGCGCUCAGAUUGCCAUGCCUGGGGCAGUGCACCGAUUUACGAGUUCAUGGCCGAGGCUGCCGGGGUUCGACCAAAGGGUCCUGGGUGGAAGGCUAUUACUUUCCAACCAAGGCUGGCACUGUAUAGGGAGCUAAAAGCCACAGUUCCGUUGCCAAUGGUAAACGGGAAGGCAACCGGGGCUGCGCACGUGGCAUGGACAACCACUGUUGAAGGGAACAUGGUGGUAAGUUUGAGGGUUGAGCUGGUCAAGCCCGCGGUUAUUCCUGUAUAUGUCACGCUUCCAAAGUCUCCAUGUUUGCUUAUGGAUAGCACGGAUGACUUGACAUUCAUUGUGAAACCAGGGCGAUGUCUACCAGAGUAA